AUGGUAAACCCGCCACCCAAGAAGACUGGCAAAGCACGUCCAGUUGCUGGUCCCCAUCGUCCCCCAGCCGGCCGUCCUGCUCAAAAUCCCGUCCAAAGACCUCCCGGUUACCAACAAGUUGCCGCACCAAGACCGGUUGCCGGUCGUCCUGUCGUCGGCAGGCAGCCUGUGCCCAGUCAGGGAAUGCAAAUGGCACAAAUGAGGCGACCGCAACAGCAAGCAGAAUCCGGAGGUCCAAAACCUGCCCAUGCGAUAAAGCCAGGACCGCCCAAAGGACAUACUUCGAGACCUCAACACGUUCAGCACGUCCAACAUAUUCAACAUGUCCAUCAUCAACCAGUCCAGCAGGCUGGACGCGCACCAGCGCCACAUCCGGCCGGGGGCCAUGCUCACAACAGCGGAAGCUCCUCAAACAUGAAAUAUGUCGCCGGUGGUGUUGUGGGAGGCGCAGCUCUCGGGUUAGGGGCAACUACCAUAUACAACCAGAUGAACAGCUCAACCAACGUUGUCAACCAGGAGCACAACAGUUACUCGUCUGAGAACAACAACUGGCAGUACGACAACUACGAGCAAGAUAACCGUUAUGUCGAUAACAGUAACUACUAUGACAACGGUGACUACUACGACAACCAUCCAUCUGAUGAUGAUGGCAACUAUGAUAACAACUACGACCCGAAUGCUAGGUAUGAGAGUGAUGGAAAUGACGAUCAAUACGAUGGCCACUAUACCCAAACACCAGCUCAAGACGUUUCGAUGGGCAACAACGGAGGCGAGGAAGAGGGCUGCUGCGGUGACUGUGGAUGUAAUGACUGUUGCGAGUGUGGAAACUGUUAUAAUGUCUGGGGUUUGGUAAUGACUUAUAUCAUUUUUGUUUACGAAGAGAACCUUCAACUAUCAAUUCUUCUGAUAUCCUAUGGAGAUGACAUGCAGAAUAACGCAUAUAAUACCAUUGUGGAGGGUAACAUAUACAAAACAAUUUACUGGAAAUAA